UGCAGGGUUUCAUGAGACAUUUUGUUCCGAACUCGUCCUUUUCUACCAACAACUUGGAAUAGCCUUCAUUAUUCAGCUUCCUCUGUUUUUCUCACUCUUCACCUCGCAUUCACCAAGUGCGCUAAACACUAUACGUAUUGCGCCAAAAUAUAAACUCCAAACGUCAAUAUGACUGAAGCCGAGACCAUCACAUACAGAGGAAACUGCCAUUGCGGCGACUUUGUGUUUGAGAUCAAGGUGCCCGAAAUCAAGGACGCAUACAACUGCGAAUGCAGCAUCUGCGUGAGAAAGGGCUAUCUUUGGCUUGACGGGAAAAGCAACGUGAAUAUUGUCAAGGGCAGCUUAGACCAGCUGACGGCGUAUACGUUUGGCGAAAAGAAACUGAAGCAUUUGUUCUGCCCCAAAUGUUUUACUGGUGUGGCGGCAUCUUGGUGGAAGGAUGAGGAGGCAGACCCACAACAUGCUCUGCAGCCAUCCUAUAUCAAUGCACAUGCUAUUCAAGGGCUCAACACCUGGGAUCUGAAGAGAGUCCCAUACGAAGGUGCUUCCAAGGGAGAACCCCAUCAGGACCCAGCUCAUAAAGGAGAGCUCCCCAAGGCCGCAGAAGGAGAGCUUGUGUACACAGGCAGUUGCCAUUGUGGAGCGCUCACAGUAGCUGCGCCGAGCAAACCAAUUGAUGAGACCCUCGAAGGAGUCAUAGAAUGCAACUGUAGCAUUUGCGAACGUAUUGGCGCCCUCUGGAUAUACCGCCCCGUCCCAAAUAUCAUCUUAUCCGGAGACGAGGCCAACAUUGGCAAAUACGAAUUCGGAACGCACAUUCUAUACAAGACGUUUUGCAGGAUUUGCGGCGUCGGCAUGACGAACAACUUCAAAGACUGUACCGACGAGCAUAUUGCUGCACUACCAGAAGUCCUGGCGAAGAUGUAUAAAUCACGACAUCAGGCGAGGGGUGUCAACGCACGGGUGCUGCAUGGGGUGGAUGUGAGCAAAUUGAAGACUGUCAAGAAUGAUGGAUUGAAUGGAUUCCCUGGAGAUUAUGGAAAGGUGUAAUGUUGCUUUUGCUGCUAAGAAGAUUUCGAAUAUGUGCGUUGUUGGGGCGGAGCGUGAAUGGCGUAGUAUUAUUGGUAUCUUUUAGAACAGAAGCUACAUAUAAUGAGCGUGGCAAUUGUGAUAAUGUUGCUUUCUUAUUUUUUCACGAGAUGCACUGUUUAUGCAUUACCGGUUUCAACUUGGAAUCUACUCCCACAGGCUCCAGUCAGGGUUGACUAAAACUUGCUGCCCUGGUACAUCGUAAAUGCUACCAUCGCCAAACUCUCCUGUAGUUUCAAAGGCACGGUAGUCCUGCGGCCCUUCUGAUUCGACAAUAUAUCCACCUUCACAUUGAGUGAAACUCACCUUUACUUGUUCCCUGUAGAAAUCAUCAUAGGCGGAUGAAAGCGCGUCGAGGAGAUUGCUCACGUUGCCCGAUGGGUGAAGGCUCUCCCAGGGGUGAGUGCAGGAAUGCUGCUUGCAGGAUUUGAGAACCAUCAUGAGAGCGUCCAGGCGGUCGACCACUCGAUCAAGAGGCCAUUCUUG